AUGAGACGCAGCGAGAGCGGCGCCACCUUCCAUACAUCCCAGAGACUGGCGCGUCAUGUGGCGCUGCACAGGAGAAAACUGCCCUUUAAUUUCGCUCGCAAAGACCACCUCAACGGGCACAAGCGCUUGCGACGAGUGUGGAAUGACCUUCAACCAACCGGGCAACCUGGCGCGCCACAGGCGCGUUCACACAGGGGAGCGCCCGUAUUCGUGCGACCUGUCGGUGAACCUGGCGCAGCGAACGCACUAUUUGUCUGCCUUGGAUCGCAGAAAAGAAAUUGA